AUGGUUGUUGCUACCAUCAAAUGUGUUGUCGUCGGCGAUGGAGCUGUUGGCAAGACCUGUCUCCUAAUCUCAUACACAACAAACAAGUUCCCAUCCGAAUACGUCCCGACCGUCUUCGAUAACUAUGCUGUUACUGUCAUGAUCGGAGAUGAACCAUAUACUCUUGGCCUUUUCGAUACUGCUGGUCAGGAGGACUACGAUCGUCUUCGCCCACUUUCGUAUCCGCAGACAGAUGUCUUCCUCGUCUGUUUCUCCGUGACCUCUCCUGCCUCAUUCGAAAACGUUCGCGAGAAAUGGUUCCCGGAAGUCCGUCAUCACUGCCCAGGUGUUCCUUGCUUGAUUGUUGGGACCCAGACCGAUUUGCGUGAUGAUCUUGCUGUUCGCGAAAAGCUGUCCAAGCAGAAGAUGGCUCCUGUCCGCAAGGAAGACGGCGAACGCAUGGCAAGAGAGCUUGGCGCUGUUAAAUACGUCGAAUGCUCUGCCCUCACUCAGUACAAGCUCAAGGAUGUUUUCGACGAGGCCAUCGUUGCUGCUCUCGAGCCACCAAGUACUCGCAAGAAGUCUCGCGUUUGCAAAAUACUGUAA